UAUUACAAUUUGACAUUUAUUAUAAAUUUUUGCUCAAUAAUAAAUUGAUAUUUUCAAAAUUAUUUUUAAUAUGUCUAAUGAAGAGAAACGUGUCGAAAUGGUUCCAAGUGAUACUGAAAUUAUUGACAACAAUGUAAUGCGACACUCAUUGUCUUCUAUUACAAGGGAACUACAAAGAUUCCAUUUCAAAGAUCAAGAUUCCAAUGCUGACCGUGAUGUAUUUGAAAUAGUUAAGCAAUGCAAAGAAAAUUUAAAAUCUAAGACGAAGAAGAUGAAAAGGUUGAAUGAAAAAGUCAAAACUGCUUGCUUCGUAGCAAGUACCGUUAUGUCAGCUAAGGAUAGAGAAUCUGAUAAAAUGAAAACACUCGUUGAAACUAUAGAAAACAAUUCUGCAAAGGUUAUUGAAGACAAUACAAAAUUGAAGCAUAUUAUUGAAGAUCUAACCAAAGAGAACUUAAAGAUUUACAAUAAAAUCGACAAUCUUCAUAGCUGGAUUAACUUGGGAUAUGAAAAAUUACAGAAUCUCCGUAAUGAACCUGUAGAAGAUGUAAGUUUAUUUAGUAAAUUAAAAAUGAUAUUUAUUUAUUGUGGUCAAUAUUACGCUGAUUAUCAAAAUGAGAAUCAAAGAUGUGAGCAAUUAGAACAAAAAACGCGCUUUUACUAUAACAAGAUGAAACUUUUGGAAAACGAUUUUAAGAAUGUUACUAAUGAAGUCAAAAGUUUACGAUAUCAGAAUAUGAAGUUACGAUUAAAACAUAAUGAAAAAAGACUUAUAGCGAACACACCAGUACUACUUACUGCGGGUACAGUCAAAAAUUCACAGAAAAAUGCUUCCGAGGAGAAUUUGUCAUCGAAUUGUAAAAGCAGAAAAGUAUCGGAACAUUUUGAUUUAUCAUUGCAUUUAUCCAUUGUUCGAAAACUGCUUCACGAUCAAAGUACGAUGAUUCUAAACUUAAAUGAACUCUCAGAAGAACUUAAUGCAUAUGAAUAAUAAUUGUAAUAGUAAAUCACUCACUUAUUAUUAAUCAAUGAUGAUCAUAAACUUCAAAUUUGCUGAGAAUCUGAUGUGUAUCAUGCUUGGCAAAAUAUCUCAAGUCAAGAUACUUCACGACAUUUGAAAUACAGUAGUAACGUAAGGUGCAGAGCAAACGGAUUCACAAGGUGCAUCAGGCUCACAGAGUUAUUGCUAUUUCGUUGCCGGUCAGUUGACGCAACCAAAAUGUCU